CUAGUCUUUCUAAAAUGGCUCAGCACUUCAGACUGAUUCUGGUAGAACUUGCAAAAAAUGCACAUCAUAAUUCUUAUCAAAACCUUCUCAACCUUUCGCAGGCAUCUGGUAUAACAACAAUGAACUAAGCCGUGACUGGAUCCGUAUAGCUGGACGAUAGUACCCGUUAUACCCUAGCAAGGGGUUUCGUCCAAAGAUCAGACAUCCAACCGAACCAAGCAGUGCUCAAUUGAACUCAUCUCAACAGCUGCAGCAGCGCCGCCUCAGCCAGCAGUUGCAACAGCAGCAGCAGCAUCAAUCCCCCGGUCAGCCACAACAAUCAACUUCCGCAGCAGCAUCCACAUCCGCAUCCGCAUCAACCUCCAACGCAUCAACCGCAGCUCGUCACUCAUCUGAUAAUAGUACAAAGGUUAUGGGAAAGCACGAAAUGAAGCGCGGAAUAUCACAGAGGUCAUCAGAUGCUGGAGAAACCCAGACAAGUAGUCAAUACAGUCGACGCAGUUCAAAUCGUAAAAUGUUCAACAUGUGGCUCACAAGUCUAGUCCUACUGAUGGUUCACGUCUCGGAAACGACUUCCAGUAUCAAUUGCUUCCGCUGCUUCGCGUCCAUCGAUUCCAUCGAGAGCCAACAUAAUCAACCCCCGUUCGAGCUGGUUGUGAGCAUACUUGAUGCCAGUGUGAAUGGCACAAGCAGCAUUGAGCAGCAGACGACGUCAAGAAACGAAUCCGUUGGGCAAGUGUUGUUUGAAGUAUCUUAUAUCGAUGAACCACGCGGCGAGGUUUGCGCUUGGAGCUUGGAUCUGUUGGACGGGAGUUUUAGUAGUUACUUUAAUGAAUCAAACAGCAUCUCCCAUAUCGUCAAUCAUAUCGCAAACGCCUUGGUGAACUAUUUACGGAUCCACUGCUCGACUGAUAAUAAAUCGUGGACUGAUACAAUCAAAUUUAGCUGUCUAGAUAGGUUUAUUCUGUACCGGUUGUGCGAGAUUCAGAAGGAUUUGGAAGCGUCAUACCUGCGAGACGUGCUGGGCUCGCGUGUGAAACGUGAGCAACGUUCCAAGCGAUGCAGUCUGAACAAUCUGCUCUCGACCAACCGGAAGAUAUACGAAUUUGGGUUGGAGAACGAAUCGCUGGCAUCGUACUCGCAGACCAUCCUCAGCACCAUCUAUCUUGUGACCGACGUCAUCACUGAGUUUUACAACCGCAAGCUGGCACACUCUCGGAAAAGCAGCUUUUACCGUUCCGAGCCGGGACGUGAUGCCGAGGACACGGUAGUGCAAAAGAUCAGCUCCUCCAUCGAGAUAAUCCUGCUGCAAACUAUCAAGUAUCACAUUCUACACAAGUUGGGGCUGCGGGAGCGACCGAAUGUUACGCGGAUUGCCAAGAAUGAGUACGUAUUUGAAGCGCUGGACCGCGUCUACGGUAACAAGAUAAAUAUUGGCAACACUUACGCCGAGAAGCACUACUACAGCAAAUAUUUGCAAGCGAAUCUAUCAAAAGAUUUCUCAAAUUCCUUCGUCGACACGUUCUUCGAAGCGACUGACAUUGGCACCGGCGUCGGCAGCGGCCUGGAGAAGCAGAACAAUUUCUUCCCCAAGAAAAUGAAGUACAAGCAACCGCCACAUUCCAGCGACAGCGAGAAGCAAAACCUUUUCGGCGGAACCAAGAUUCUCUCAUUUGCGGAAAAAGGUUCGGUCUCACAAAUUUCUUACCUUCCUAGCGAAACCUCUUGUGCAGUCUUGCAGCAUCUUUACGCUUGAUUUUCCCUAUGGGUGGAUGCCACUGCGUUGCGAAUAACUCACCACCAACCAUCCUAAGAAAAGGGGGGAGUCCUCCCGGAAUUGUUGUGGCAGGUGCAAAUAUAUCGCAAAACCAGUCCCAGUCCCCACGGAGAAAGCCCGGCGUAAAGUGAUAUCAUUCCUUUUCACUUCUUGAGGUUGCCAGACAUUCUCAAGUUAUAUAUAUACACACCACACAAUGGUAAUGGUUUGGCAACAGCGAAAAAGGGGUGGUGCGGUAGCUUCAUUCGGUUGGGUGGCAAAUGAAAAGUCGUGUUUGGUGUUUAAUUUCAGGUUAAUUGAAAAUUAUUGCAUUUUCAGCUUAUUGCACAUAACUCUCUUUACUCGUUCAUAGGAAGCAUACAUUGAAUAAACAAUUGAAAGCUUCAAAGUAAUGGAUGAAUUUUCAUUUACUGAAAAGUUCCAACAGCAAUAGAUAUUUUAAAUAUAUCAGAGCAUUUAUUUUGAAAUUUUGGUUGAUUUUUCAACUAAGUCAGGAUCCGCAAUAAGAUUUGCUCGGAAUGGUCAUAAUU